AUGGCUAAUGUCGUCAGAAAAGUAUCUAUCAUUGGAGCGACCGGCACUCUCGGUUCUCGCAUAGCUAGCGCUUUGAAAGUUGCUGGCCACGACGUGACCGCUGUGCAGCGUAAGGACUCGACCAAGCCUGUGCCGGAGGGUCUCAAGAGUUUCAAGGUGGAUUAUCAAAACAAAGAGGAGUUGGUUUCGACUUUCACGGGACAGGAUGUUGUCAUUAGUGCUGUCCCUUUCCCUAUCCUCGACUCGGAGAGAAUCAUAAUCGAUGCCUGCAUCGCUGCCUCCAUUAAGCGCUUUAUCCCCUCCGAGUUCACUACUAUGCUCGAGUCUCCUUUGGCCAUCAAUCUCCCCAUCGCCAAAGAGAAGGUUUUGAUCCGUCAAUACCUCUCUUCUGUAAUGCCCGAUUCCUCUAGCCCCACCACUUGGACCUCCGUCAACAACGGCGCCUUCCUUGAGAUGGCUCUCCAAUAUGGUGUCUUGGGUCCCAACCCAAUGGCCAAAAAGGCAGUGUUCCAUGAUGGAGGUGACAAGAAGAUCGCCGUAUCGCUCCUGUCUGAUAUUGCAACAGCCAUUGUGAAGUUAAUGGAGACUGACAGCACCUUUAAAGCCGCUGCCAAUCAACCUGUCUACAUUUGCUCGGCUGCCAUCACUGAGCGUCGCCUGACUGAGCUAGUUUCAGAAGUCACCGGUAUUGACUUCGGCACUCCGGAACAGGUGUCGGUUAAGGAACUGAUUGCACAGUCAGAUGAGCGGCUGAAGCAGGGUGACAAAUCCGCCAUCAUCAACUAUUAUUUCCAAAUGAUGUAUGGAGAUGGUUACAUGGGUGGUGACUUCAUGAAGUUUAACUGGAACGAACGAUUGGGGCUGCGGAUUAUGUCUGAGGAGGAGCUCAAGAGUACCAUCCAGCAGAUCCUGUGUAAUUAG